AUGCGCGCUGGAUCUGGGUCGCCACACACCGCCUCCCCAUCUCCGCGCCUGCGUCUCUGUGCCCAUGCACCUAUACAGCUCAGGAGCAUGACCUGUUCUUUGGCCUCUGACAGAAGACAGAGCGAGGACUCCCUUCAGCCUUUUCCAUCCCCCAGUUCUCAAACUGUGCAGCAGCGAGGUGCAGUGACAGGACCAGGCCACUGGGGGCACUGGGGGCUGACCAUGCACCAACUGUUCAGCCUGGUGCUGGGCCAGAGAGACCUGUCCAGAGCUGGAGACCUCUUCUCUUUGGACGAUGUGGACAUCGAGGACUGUCUGUCUCAAGCUCUGGAGCAGAUCAAGGCCAUCUCCUGCUCAUCUGACUAUCUGAGCAGUGACAAUGACCAGGCCGUGGUGGAGAUCUGCAUCACCCGCAUCACCACCGCCAUCAGAGAGACGGGCUCCAUCGAGAGACACAGCCCCGCUCUGGUGGCUCUGUGGGAGGCCUGUCUGCAGCACAAGCUCACCCCUGCAGGAGAGAGUACGGAGGACACGCCCCACGCCAAGAUCGCCUCCGACAUCACCAGCUGUAUCUUGCAGAACUACAGCUGCCCCUCGGUCAUGGCGCUGGCCGUCCCUGUGGCCGUGCGCUUCCUGCACAGAGGAAACAAGGAGCUGAGGAGGAACAUGUCCAGUUACCUGUCGCUCGCCGCCAUCGCCAAAGCAGAACUGCUAUCGGAGCACGCAGAGGCCCUCUGCCGCAGUGUGUUGUCAGGUACGCCAUGA